UUAUGAGAGAGGAGGCUGCUUUGUGGGACGGUCAGUUCAACACCUGCUUUACUUAAGCUUGCUUCUGGGCUCUGGUCGGUAGCAGCGGCUGUCAUUUUUACAGUUUCUCUUAUUAGUUUUGAGGUUUUCCUUAACUACAACCAUGCCAAAAAGCUCAGAAAAGCAUUCCUAUCUGGUUCUGGAGAACUAUAUUGGAGGAAAGUUCAUCUCCGGUAAAAGUCAUAUCGACUCCUACAACCCUUCCACCGGUGAGGUCUACUGUAAGGUACCAGACAGUGGUAAGGAGGAGGUAAGGUGUCACAAAGUUUAUGAUUUCUUAAUGGUUCUGACAUGGAAAACUGUGAUGUUGGCUCGGACUGUGGACAUACCCAGGUCUGUGUACAACUUCCGCUUCUUUGCAUCAUCUGUGCUCCACCACACCACCGACUGCAGCCAGAUGGACCACAUGGGCUGCUUGAACUACACUGUACGCUGUCAAGUCGGAGUUGCUGGCUUGAUUAGUCCCUGGAACCUUCCUCUGUACCUGCUUACUUGGAAAAUUGCUCCAGCGAUUGCCAUGGGUAACACUGUGGUGGCCAAACCAAGUGAGAUGACCUCUGUGACUGCAUGGAUGAUGUGCAAACUCUUCGAGGAAGCUGGUGUCCCUCCAGGUGUGGUCAACAUCGUGUUUGGCACUGGUCCAAAAGCAGGAGACGCUCUUGUUGCACACCCAGAUGUGCCGCUGAUCUCCUUCACUGGCUCUACUGGAACUGCCCAACGCAUCACAGAGCGGAGCGCCCCUUACUGUAAGAAGCUCUCCUUGGAGUUAGGGGGUAAAAACCCAGCUAUUAUCUUUGCUGAUGCAGACCUGGAGCGGUGCAUUGAGACGACUGUUCGCUCAAGCUUUUUAAAUCAGGGAGAAAUCUGCCUGUGCACCAGUAGAAUUUAUGUGGAGAGGAGCAUUUACUCUGAGUUUCUUGAAAAAUUUGUAGCUGCAGCAAGGAAGUGGAAGACUGGGGUCCCAUCUGACCCAAGCAACAACAAUGGAGCUCUCAUCAGCAAAGAGCACCUAGAGAAGGUUCGCAGCUUUGUAGCACUGGCCAAAUCGGAAGGAGCUGUAAUCCACUGCGGUGAGGGAGUCGACCACCUCGACCUUCCUGAGCCGAACAAGUCUGGCUACUUCAUGCGUCCUACAGUUAUCUCAGGCCUCCCUGACAGGUCCCGCGUCAUGCAGGAGGAGAUUUUUGGUCCAGUCACCUGCGUCUGUCCCUUUGACACAGAGGAGGAGGCUGUUGCCAGGGGAAACGGGGUCCGCUACGGCCUGUCAGCAACUGUGUGGUCCAAGGAUGUGGGAAGGGUUCACCGUAUGGCCCAGCGUCUACAAGCUGGACUGGUUUGGACCAACUGCUGGUUAGUGAGAGAUCUGAAUCUGCCAUUUGGAGGGAUGAAACACUCUGGUGUGGGCAGGGAGGGAGGGAAGGAUUCUUAUCAUUUCUUCACAGAGGUGAAAAGCAUCACUAUCAAACACUGA